AUGCCAUCCAAACAGAAGGAGAAAAACGACAUUAGUUUCAUUAGCAAAACUAUUUUUGUUUUGUUAUAGCUAAAUUGCUUUUUCAAAUUUUCAAUUGCAGCAACUAAAGCAUAGAUAUAAAGUUGUGAAGCUCAAUCAUCUCAUAUUUUUGGUUAUGAAUAAUGUAUUGAUUGCUCAUAAAAUUGUUCUUUGUGUAAUGGCACAGUUAAUUCCAGUAAUGUUUGCUAGAUCCCAACAGCUUCUUCAUGCUUACUACCAGGAUUUCUUUAUAAUGCUUAAAAUGUGUGUGUUGACUGUAGAAUACAAUCAGACUGUUUAAAUAGUUGCAAUGGGUACUGGGAUCCAACUCUGAAUACAUGCGUUAGAUAGGCUAACACCACAUUUAAGGUUUAAGGUGGAAAAAGUUGUUUAAGUUUAACAAGUUAAACUGAUUGCUAAAUGUGUGUUGAUUAGAAGUAUGGCUGGUCUUCUUCUCUUUAAAAGUGCUUAAAAUGCCCAUCAGGAAGCACAUGGAAUACAACAACUAUGACAUGCUCUUAAUUAUCUAUUUGCGAUAUUACUAAUUUUGUAGGUUAUAAUAGUUAAACAGGAACCUGCACAGCUUGUAGUAGACCUUAUCUUCUCAAUAAUUAUUCAUACUCAUGUGAGUUAUGUCCUGCCAAUUGUACAUGUACAACCGCGUAUAGUACUUGUGAUACUAAUUCUUGUGUAUCUCCUUACACUUAAACAAGUGAUUCAAAUGGAAGUUUUUGUGAGUGCAAAGGAGCUACUUUCUUUAAUGGAACCACAUGCUAAUAGUGUUCAACUAAUUGCCUAAAAUGUGAUACAAAUGGAUAAUGUCUGUAAUGCUCUAAUGGAUAGUUGAUUGAUAAAGCCACAUUUUAAUGCGUUAACUGCGCAGUUCCCAGUCCAAACCCACUAUACUGUGAUAUAAAAGUAUUUGCUUAUUGUAGCUAACUUACUUCAGAUGGAAAAUAUUGCAAUACUUGCAUAUAGAAUCUAAUUUAUGAUCCAAUAUAAAAGUUUUGCAUUUGCCCAAAUGGAGGAGUGUUCAGCACGACAUAAAACACUUGUGUUUCAUGUUCAAGUUUAUUCCCAAAUUGUGGUAAAUGCGAUACUUAUCAAUGCACAGCUUGUUUAGAUGCUACUUUCACAUUAUCAAGUGACUCUAUGAGUUGCUCAUGCUAAGGCUAUGUAUAAAAUGGAACUUGUGUUCCUUGUACAAAUACUUUAAAAAAUUGUGCUUAAUGCGAUUCUACUGGAAAAACUUGUUAAUCUUGCAUUCCUAAUUUUGGACUAAUAAAUUCUUCAAAUACUUGUUACGCUUGCUCUGGAAUUGAUAAAAAUUGUAUUUAAUGUGAUGCAAAUAAUAAAUGCCUUACUUGCACUAACGGUUAUACUCUUCAGGCUAGUUCAAAUACUUGUAUUUGUGACACAAGCUAAACUAAGUUUGUUGUUAUCAACAACACUUGUAAAUCUUGCUAAACUGCAAUUCCAAACUGUUCAUAAUGUAGUUUAAACACUACUUCCUCAGCAGUUAUUUGUUAAGCUUGUAGUUCUCCAUAUGUUGUCUCUAAUGGAACAUGCUAAUUAUGUGCAGCUGGUUCUUACAGAAGUGGUAAUUCAUGUGUUGCUUGUGCUGAUUCGAACUGCAGCUAAUGUAACUCUAGUGGGUGCUAUAACUGCACUAAUGGAUAUUCUUUAAGUCAAAAUUCUUGCACUUGCACUACAGUUGGCUAUGUUGUUGAUAGCACCGAUAAAAAAUGCAAAACUUGUGCUUCUAAAUUUAAUUCUAGCCUAUGCUAAAACUGUAAUAGUACUUAAUGCACAUAGUGUGGAGGUACAGGAUUUACUCCUACAUCAACUGGAUGUUCAUGCUAAAACGGGAUUUAAAUUCCUAAUACUACUAUUUGUCAAGCUUGCUCAGCUAAUUGUUCUGUUUGCACUCUAAAUGCAGAUAACGUCACUACAACUUGUACAUAGUGCUCUUCAAAUUAUAGAUUAAUGGCAAAUAAUACUUGCUAAUAAUGUUCCAGUGGUUAAUAUUAUGACAAAAAUUCUAUGAGCUGUUUGAAUUGCAAUCCUAAUUGCUCUGCUUGUCCUGAUAACUAGGGAGGUGCAAAUUGUACAGCUUGUUCAAAUAAUUAUGUUCUAAAUUCAACAAAUGGUACAUGCACAUGUCCAAGCUAGAUUAUUGACAGUAGUAAUUAAUGUAUCAGCUGUUCUAAACAAUAUAACUAGUACUGCUCUACUUGUAAUUAAACUUAAUGUUAGAGUUGCUAAAGCAAUUACUAUCUUCAGGGGUCAACAUUAAAAUGUAUUUAGUGUGGUUCUAACUAGUAUUUCUAAGCAGGUUCUAUAAAUGAUUGCGUUUCAUGCCCUUCUAACUGCACAGCAUGCGCAGCAUUAACAGGUAUUUGUACAGGAACAUGUAUAAACAAUUACGAUUUAGUUAACGGUACUUGCUAAUGUACAGGAGCUAAGGUACUUAACUCAUCAAAUUAGUGCGUAAGCUGCAGUUCUUUACUUACAAAUUGCUCAAUUUGCUCAAGUGCCACAACUUGCACUAAGUGUGCAUCAGGAUUUUAUCUGAUGGCUAAUGGCACAUGUGGAUUGUGCACUUCUAUUUAAUAUUAUUAGACCUCCUCUCUAUCUUGUUUAAAUUGCCCAGAUAAUUGCACUGCUUGUGCUAAUGACUCAGGAAUGUGUACUGGAACAUGCCUAAAUAAUUAUAAACUAGUGAAUGGAUCUUGUGUAUGUUCGUCUGAUAGAGCUUUGGAUAGCUCUUCAAAAUGCUAGCUAUGUACUGUUUUGUUUCCUAAUUGUUCAUAGUGUAAUAGUAAGUUAUGUACUUAAUGUUUCGCACCCUUUACUGUUGGAAGUAAUGGUUAAUGCAGAAUUUGUACAGAUCAAGAAACAUACAUAAGUUCAUCUUUUUCUUGUUAGUUAUGCAGUUCUUUUAUCAAAAACUGCUCUAGCUGUUCUAGUUCUUCUUAAUGCAGUCAAUGUAGUGGAAAUUUUGUUCCUUCCUCUGAUAACAGUUCUUGUAUCUGUCCUGCAGGUUUUUAUCUGAUUUCAGGAGAUCCUAAAAAUAACACCACAGACUAAUGCGUUUAAUGCAGUUCAUUUGACUCAAAUUGCUUACAGUGUUCUGGGCUAAAUAAUUGCACUCUGUGUACUUAAAACUAUGCUUUUGAUUCAAGCUAGUAAAAAUGCCGCACUUGUUUUUCAAAUGAGUUUUACAACUUUAAUUAAACAAGUAGCAUACAGUAAUGCGUUAAUUGUAACUCAAUACAUACUUAGUGUACUUAGUGUAAAAGUAGCACAUUAUGUUCAUAGUGCAGUAAUAAUUAUGAUUUACAAAAGAAUCUAUUAUUAACCUCUUGUCAAUGUAAUGGAAAUAAGAUUCUUGUACCAUCAGCUUAAAAUGCAAAUAAUACUAGCUGUCUUCUUUGCUCUCAAGUAGUUGAUCCAAAUUGUCAAAAUUGUUCUGUGGCAAAUAAAUGUGAUUAAUGUCUCCCUUAUUAUAGAUGGGAUAAUACUUAUAACAGAUGUAUACCUAACAUUACAUUAUCCUUAACAAGUAGCUCAGGUAAUAGUUAUGCUUUAGCAGAUAACUUUACUCUAACAUUUACGAUUCCAGAGCCGCUAAUUGGAUUUUAGUUCAACAUAACUACUUACUUCUUUGACAGUGUUGAUUAAUAUAAUGCUGAAGUAUAAUUACUUAGUUCGUAUAAUGUAUCAUCUCAAGAUGCUCCGUUCAACUUUUAAAACUGUUACAUUUACUUUUAAGACAAUUUCAAGAAUAAAUCAAAUAUUAAUUAUUCGCUCAAAGGCUCAGGUAAUCAAUCUGCUCUUGUGAGAACAAACAAUUUGCUCCUUCACAAUGGAGUGGUGAGAUUUGUUUAUGCAGUUGAGAGUUUAAACAACUCAUUUUAACGCUAUGCUGUUAUCUAUGAUUAGAAAGUAACUAUGAAUUAUACAAAUGCCAGAGAUUUGUCUUAUUACAUGGGACCCCAAAUAGAAAAUUUAGAUCAAUUUUCUAUGUAUAAUGUCUUCUUUGAGCUUUUAUUGAUGCAAAAUACUAUUUGUACUUCAGAUUAUUAGUGCCUCAACAAUGGUAUUUGUAUGAAAGCUUAAAAACUUUGCUAAUGCAAAGCCAAUUUCUUACUUUUUGAUUGUUCUGAUUACCAAACAAUAGGGUAUGAUUUGGUGAUUAAGCAAAUAUCAAAGAGUUUAUUAACAGUUCAACCAGUGACCUAUUAGUAGAAGAUAGUUUCUUCAUAUUUACCCUUGUUAGUUACAACAAGUUCAAAUUAAAAUUAUUCUGGUCUAAAUUAUAACUUUUAUAGAAUUCAAAGCAUAAUUAAAUAAGGUUCACUUAACUCAACUCAACAAAAUGAAAUAUAAAUGCUAAUGAAAGACACCAUGAAUACUAUCACCGAAGCAAUAGCAAACUUAGAUCCAAAUUUUACUCCUCAAGAAAUAUAUUCAAGUAUUUAAUAGCUUUUCUAACUAAAUGAUCAACUACUUCCUUUAUUCAACAAUUAUACUUCAUUUAUAACAAAUAGUAUGUAAAUCAUGGGAUAAAUAAGUUAAAGCAGUAAUCCAUUAAGUAUAUCUGUUUCUUCUGGUAACUUAUUCAAUCCUUCAUCUAAUAUGACAAAUUUAUUAUUCCAACAAACAAAUGGUACUACUGGUUAACCAAUUAAAGUGCUCUUCUAUGCAUUUUAGUAAAAUCCUCAUAAGUUAGCAACUCCAUAAUUUAUAACUUAACCUCAUAAUUAUCCAUUGAUAGUAAUGAAUACUUAGUAGGCCAGUCAUAGAUUACUAUAAUCUAGCAAUUCUACAGUUUCUCCAUUCACUCCAUUUAACUAAAACAUCACUUUUAUCUUCUAAAUAUCAAACACCGAAAAACUGUAAAAUCCAAUAUGUUUAUCUCUAACUGACACCACUACAGAUACUUAUGUACUUUGCAAAGACAUCAAAGUAUUAACAGGUCAAGUAAUUUGCGUAUGCUAAAAUUCAGCAACUUUGUAUGAAGACAUUUACUACAACUACACACCUGAUCCAAAUUAAAAUGGAGGUCCUGGUGAAAAUAUACCUACCUCUUAUGUUGUUGCAAUUGUUGUUUUAAGUGUUAUCCUAGGAUUAUUAAUCUAUGUGUAAAUCAGGAAUAGAAAAAGAUAUAUCCUUGAGUAAAAAUAGAAAGAACAAGAAAGGUUGGAACAAUAGUAAAAAAGACAAAAAGCAUAAAAAGAGGUAAAAGAUACACAACCAGAAAAGAAUUACUUACGCAAAUAAAGCGAGAUGACAAUGAAUACUCAAAACUAUGAAAAUGGUUUCUAAUCACCUAUUCUUAAAUAGAAAGAUGUUAGACUAACACUUUUUGAUAACAGUCCUGAAUAAAUGUAUCAAUAAGACUGUGUAAUCUAAGACUAAUUUGAAUUAGAAUAAAAACAGGAUGAAGAAAACGCUUCAAAUCAAAGGAGUCUUGAUAGAGAAGGUAUAUUCUCACCUUAAUUAAUUCAAUAAAUAGAUGAUAAAAGUACUCCAGCAACUGCAGCUUUAAAAGCACAUGAAAAAUUUUAACAAGUGAAGUAGGUUGAAUGA